AUGCCCCCCCUCCCCCCCCGCACCGCAUCCAUCACCCGGAUAACCAACGAAACCAAGAUCCAAAUCUCCCUCUCGCUAGACGGGGGCAUCCUACCCCCCUACGAACCAUGCAGUCACUUCCCGGCGCCCUCAGACCCCGCCGAAGCCGAGGCCAGCAAGAAGGGGAUAAUCCCAAACAAAGCCUCACCGCACGCGACGCAAUUCACCCCGACGCAGCAAAUCACCAUCAACACGGGGAUUGGAUUCCUGGAUCAUAUGUUGCAUGCGUUGGCGAAGCAUGGAGGGUGGAGUUUGGCCGUGAGGGCGAAGGGGGAUCUCUUCAAAAGAAAAGAAAAAUAA